UGGGCUCGUUCUUCUGUUGGGAAUGUGAGGCUCUCGGUUCGGUCGUGCUCUGCGUUCGUCCGGAUCUUCCCUGUCCGCCGCUGCCGCGCCACUGCCACCGCUAGCACCGUCUGCCCUUAGUCCGCGCGCACACGCGGAGGCCGGGCAGCCGGGUCCGAGAGGCGCGCGCCUUCGUGGUCGCCGCCCCUCGGAAGCCUCCGGAGCCUCACACACGGGUUCGCUACGGAGGGAGGCGGAGGCCUGCGGGAGGAGGCGGAGGAGGAGCGAGGGAAGAUGGCGGCCGUGGAGCUCGAGUGGAUCCCGGAGACGCUCUACAACACCGCCAUCUCCGCUGUCGUGGACAACUACAUCCGCUCGCGCCGCGACAUCCGCUCCUUGCCGGAGAAUAUCCAGUUCGACGUUUACUACAAGCUUUACCAACAGGGACGCUUAUGUCAACUGGGCAGUGAAUUCUGUGAAUUGGAAGUUUUUGCUAAAGUUUUGAGAGCUUUGGAUAAAAGACAUUUGCUCCACCACUGUUUUCAGGCCCUGAUGGACCAUGGUGUUAAGGUUGCUUCUGUCUUGGCCUACUCCUUCAGUAGACGGUGCUCUUACAUAGCAGAGUCAGACGCUGCUGUCAAGGAGAAGGCCAUCCAGGUUGGCUUUGUCUUAGGUGGCUUUCUUUCUGACGCAGGCUGGUACAGCGAUGCUGAGAAGGUUUUCCUGUCCUGCCUUCAGUUGUGUACCCUACAUGAUGAGAUGCUCCACUGGUUUCGAGCAGUAGAGUGUUGUGUGAGGUUGCUUCAUGUGCGAAAUGGAAAUUGUAAAUAUCACCUAGGUGAAGAGACAUUUAAAUUAGCUCAGACGUACAUGGACAAGCUGUCUAAACAUGGCCAGCAAGCAAAUAGAGCUGCUCUCUAUGGAGAACUAUGUGCGCUCCUGUUUGCAAAAAGCCACUAUGAUGAGGCAUACAAGUGGUGCGUUGAGGCAAUGAAGGAGAUUACAUCAGGCUUACCAGUCAAAGUUGUGGUGGAUGUUUUAAGACAAGCUUCUAAGGCUUGUGUAGUCAAACGUGAAUUUAAGAAGGCAGAGCAGUUAAUUAAACAUGCAGUGUAUUUGGCACGAGAUCAUUUUGGAUCCAAACACCCAAAAUACUCCGACACACUGUUAGAUUAUGGGUUCUACUUGCUCAAUGUAGACAAUAUCUGCCAGUCGGUUGCAAUUUACCAGGCAGCCCUCGACAUUCGACAGUCAGUGUUUGGUGGCAAAAAUAUUCAUGUAGCGACAGCUCAUGAAGACCUGGCUUACUCUUCGUAUGUGCACCAGUACAGCUCUGGAAAAUUCGACAACGCCCUAUUUCAUGCAGAAAGAGCCAUUGGUAUCAUUACCCACAUCCUACCUGAAGAUCAUCUUCUUUUGGCUUCUUCAAAGAGGGUGAAAGCACUUAUAUUAGAGGAGAUUGCAAUCGACUGUCAUAACAAGGAGACGGAGCAGAGGCUGCUUCAGGAAGCACAUGACUUGCACUUGUCCUCACUGCAGCUAGCUAAGAAAGCAUUCGGAGAAUUUAAUGUACAGACUGCAAAGCACUAUGGGAACCUUGGAAGACUUUAUCAGUCAAUGAGAAAAUUUAAGGAAGCUGAAGAAAUGCACAUAAAAGCAAUUCAGAUUAAGGAGCAGCUCCUUGGUCAAGAAGAUUAUGAAGUGGCCCUUUCGGUGGGACACCUGGCAUCUCUGUACAAUUAUGACAUGAAUCAGUAUGAAAAUGCUGAGAAACUGUACCUUCGGUCGAUAGCGAUUGGGAAGAAGCUGUUUGGCGAAGGCUACAGCGGGCUGGAGUAUGACUACCGUGGCCUCAUUAAGCUCUACAACUCCACUGGGAACUAUGAGAAGGUGUUUGAGUACCACAACGUCCUGUCUAACUGGAACCGGUUGCGAGACCGACAGUAUUCAGUGACCGAUGCCCUUGAAGACGUCAACAGCAGCCCCCAGUCCACUGAGGAAGUGGUGCAGUCCUUCCUGAUGUCUCAGAAUGUUGAGGGACCAAGCUGCUGAGGGACAGCCUCAGCUAACAAUUACCUUUUCCCAGAUUCCAGGGAAUUCAUACUGUGAAAUCAGAACCAUGUUGUUUUUAGGGCUGGCAUUUGCAUUGAAACACUGGUCCAGUCCACAGAAGACCCUGUUUCGGGUAGUCCUGCAUUGCAGUUCUGUACAGUAAGCGUCUUGUUGUCAGCAUGUGCCGCGUGUAAGUAGUCCCACACUCUCACCCUAGUAGAACAACAGGAAACGUUUUUUUUUUUUCUUUUUAAAAAAUAAUUCAUUUUUCAGAAAGUCUGAAAGAAAAAAAAAAGAACCCCUAAAUAAAACUAUUUAAGAGUUUAAAAGAGUUGCAUUCUUAUUAUGUAAGGAUGAUUUCAAAAACUUUUUAACAUAUAAUUCUUCCAUGUGGAGGCAUUCAAUACUGUAUUGUAAGGAAAUUUUAUGGAAAACUCUUUAUAUGCAGUAUGGAAAAGUAACACAGGUACUAAUAAGGGGGGAGGGGCACCCUGACAUAGAUUUGGCCAUCUUUCCCAGAUCAGGGCAUGCAGCCAUUCCAGAACUGUUUCAGUGACGGACUGUCAGAUUCAUCUGACUGGACCAGUGUUGAUCUGUCAGUCUCAGGACACCAGCAGUUCUAACUGUUUUUGGUACCAUGGUGAGAUGCUCUCAAGUGUUUGCUGACAGGACCAGAAGGAUCUACGAGGACCAGGCAACCGUGGAAGGUGUUCAUUGGACCAGUGGCUUUAGAUUGUUACUUUAGUGACUGCACUUGCCUUUUCCGAUAGAAUGAUUUCAUUUAGGUAGAACUAGAACGCACAGUACUAAUGCAGGAGUUUUAUUUGCAUCGUAGAUACCAAACUGUGGGAUAUGGCAGUGUCGGUGGCAAGUCUUUAGUCUUGGUACAUAGAUGGCAGUGUCAUAAGCACGUCUGUGACCAUCUCUGCAGCCACCCCCGUUUCGUCUUUGCCCUGAUAGUCCAUGUCGUUAUCAAGCAUCCUGGCUAAGAGUCAGGAAGUGAGUCAUGUUCAGAUGAGACUUUAGGCUUACUGUUUGGUUUGUGGGGAUUAAAAGAUGAAUGCACACAAAAGAAAGUCUUAGAAAAUUCAUUACUGUUGAAAAUAAUAGUACAACUAGUCAUUUUAACUGACAUCCAGGACUUCAAUGGAAAAAUCCUCCAGUUACAAUGUCUGUUUUACUGAUUGGGGCUUUUGGUUUUUCUAAGUUUUUAAAGCUAGCCAGAUUAUUUAAUGUGGAGCUAACACUCAGUUCCUAAGUUGUGACAUGUAAUAAAAAGAAACAAAAAGAUCUUUUGCUGUUACCUCAAUUCUUAGCACAGUGGCCCACCUGGUCUGGUACCUCUGUGGUUAAGAAUCUGGGUUUCCCCCUAUUUUCAGGGGCUUCUGACUUGGCUGUUAGAUGCACUGCUCCUGGUAUUGCUUGGAGUGGUGGAUGAGUGGGUGUGUGUCAGUCAGGCUUUGUUCUUUUAGCAUGCUUGUUGGGUGAGGGGAAAGAAAGUUAUCAUGGAGAGACAGAAACAUUAAAGACUUAAGAACUUAUCUUAAACAUUUUUUUUACUUCCCAAUUUUACCUUUGUUUGAAAUUCUCUUUUCAGUCUUAGUGAUAGGCCAGUGGGUUAGGCCUUAGAAGGGACCUUAGUGGGGAUGUCCCCCAGCAGGUGAGGCAAGCUCUCACCCUGACACAGCAACUUGGGGUUCAGACUUGAAUUUAUUCCUCGAACCGUGUUUCCUUUAAAUUCUUCAAAGAAUUAAAUUUGGCAGGCUUGCAGUUUAUGCAGCUGGCUCCCUUCCCCCUUAAUCACACACAGUCUUGUCAGAGUCACCUUUAUUACCACGUAGUCUGUGUGACCCAGGAGUUGCAUUUCUAAGUGACUCAGCUAGAGCCUCACAAGCCUAUAUAUUUAAUACCUCCAAAGACAGUUUCACGAUAGGCUUUUUGUAUACUUUUAUUUGGAUAUUUAGAGUCCUGUGGUAUGUUUGUGGUAUAGGAAUGUCAUGGUAAAUUGUUUCUUAAUAAAUAUUUUAAAACAAGUUUCCACAUGAAUUAUUUUUAUUUAAUCUGCAUCUUUGGUGGUGUGCACUUACAGCAUUUUGUAUAAUUUACCCUCAUCUUCCAUAGCUCAGUCAACCUUAACUCAUCCUCAGUGAUAAAGUAAAAUGACCCUGUGCUUACAGGGUGACAGUGUCAGGUGACAGCCAGCCUCACCCCCACCCCCAACCUCAUUGUCAGCUGCUCCAUCUGACCUUUCCUUAAGUACAGUUUUCUGUAAGUUAAGUCAGUCUAAUGCCUACACUCUAGCACUCUGUCUGCUUAGCGAUAUGACUUGAUAUGUUCUGAUUCCAGUGAAAGUAAUGCCCUAAUCAUUUCAAGGUGGGAUUCAUCCCUCAGCAAGGAUGAUGUGGUAAGAAGGAUGCCACCGUAAUUUUUUUUUUUUCUUUUUUUCGGAGCUGGGGACUGAACCCAGGGCCUUGCGCUUGCUAGGCAAGUGCUCUACCGCUGAGCUAAAUCCCCAACCCCACCACCGUAAUUUUAUUUUGAAAAAUUAUUAAAGCAGAGUGUGGUACAUACCUAUUAUGUCAGUAUUCAGGAGGCUGAGUGACGUAAGAUGUUGAGUUUCAGGCAGCCUGGGCUACAAAGGGAGAUUGUGUCUCCAAAAUCUCAAAAGGAAAAACUGAAUAAAAUUUACCUCAGAAUAAUCAGUAGCUUGCGUGUAAUUUUAAGUAAGGGCCUAUGAUCUCACCCUCCCCUGAAUUCUCCUAUUUCUAAAGUCUGGUGCUAUUCCAUUUGGGGGCAUGAGGGAGCUUGUGCAUGUGACCCAGGUGAGCCAACAGAGUUUUUAGUGUACAGUAUUUAUGGGUCCUCAAACUAGACUGCCCUGAGGCUUUAGAUCUUUCUCCAUCACUUUACAUUCUUUAUAAACAACUCACCAGCACCCUGCCCAGGUAUUGCUGCCCGUGAGAAUCGAUUUGAAUAAAGCCCUUUGUCCAACCGUGAGAAUGACUCCUAAUGUGAGCAUUCAGUUCAGGAAGCUGCAUGUGCUGGCACAAGGGAAUCCCAACUCCACAGGAGGCCGAGACAGGAGUCACUUGAGAUUCCCCCAGGACAGCCUAGUAAGACCCUGUCUGAAGAAUGCAGGGAGUCCUGAAGGCCAUGGACCUUGUCCUAGUAGCACCAACAGCAGAGGCUAAACUUGAUGCUAGCUUUGGCCAAAACUCCGCAAAUUCAUAGUUUGCUAAGUAACAGGUGUUGUUAUUACCACCUUUUUUUAAUAUAUGUUUUCCCCUAGAGUUUUUAGCCUUGCUGCUUCCAAUCUUCUUUUUCUAGAUGACAAAGUUACUACUGGAAAAAAGUUAUUUAUAAGUACUGAAUUUUUUUUUUUCUUUUUUUCGGAGCUGGGGACCGAACCCAGGGCCUUGCGCUCGCUAGGCAAGCGCUCUUCCACUGAGCUAAAUCCCCAACCUGAAUUUUAAGAGUUUUAUUUUGUUUUAAAAAUUAACAUUUUUCACCUCUUGGCUUUAGAGGACUUCAGAUUAGCUGGAAGGCAGAUUUAUUUUGUGUAGGACAUUUGGGUUAGUGUACAGAUCUUAACACAAGGAGUUCUUUUGUCCCCAAAUCUCAGGAAUGUUUGAGACAGAAAACUGGCUUUUCCCAUGAUAGCGAUUUGAGGGAGAGUGCUUUAGGAUUUAUUAAAUAACACUAUUGUUAAUUGCAGUCUAGGUAUCUAUAGCAUGAGUGGCCUUAAUGAGUUUGUUGAAGUGCACAUGUUUUUCAAAAGUAAAAUUUAAGAUUAAAUAUAUAUGCUAUAUAUAGAGAUAUCUAGGAAACUUGGUUGUGGUGCACAAAGUGUGGAAUCACUGAAUCGCAGGUACCAUUUGUAUAACAUUGCUCGUUUCUGUAUAUUCCUUUUAUGGGAAAAUAUGUUGCCAUGGUGACUAAAACUUUUCAAUUUAGUUUUACUUUUAUGUGAAUGAAUGCUACAUUUUAUUAAAUAAUACCAGGUCAGUACUAUUUUUAUACCUUAUUAAGUAACAGGGGUUUUAGUUUAAUAGGCUCAAAAUAAAAAGAAAAACCCUUAAUGGAAUAAUUACAAACGAAUCACUGUCAUUCUUUACAGGAAUCCCCACUAUCGUGCCACAGUAAUUUCUAUAGUAGAAUCUCUGGUCAUUAAUAAAUCCUGAAGACAGUUCACUGGGUCAGAACAGCCUUUCCUACCAUCCCCACUUGUAGUGCCCGCCAUUAUUUGUAAUAUUAAACCACACUAAGUAUGUUUGUAACCAGCAUUGUGAUAUAUUCUGUACUUGUAUUGCUAAAUGAACUAUUGACCUAAUAAAUAGUGUUCCUGCAUUCAUA